AUGUCCAUCAAGCAGCUUCCAGACCACGUCGUCGACAAGCUCAGAUCCUCCGUCACCAUCACUUCUCUGAACAGCGUCGUGUUGGGACUUCUCAGGAACUCACUUGAUGCCGGCGCAUCCAAGGUAGAGAUUACGGUCGACUACUCCAGGGGAAACUGCACUGUUCAAGAUGACGGUAUCGGAAUACCCUCGGAUGAGUUUCAGGAGGGAGGUGGUCUGGGGAAACCCCACCGUACGUGGCCUCACCCCCUCCCCUACACCUCUAGGUUUCCUCCAAGAGAAGCCAUUUUUGGGAGGCACGGAAGAUUCCUGGCGGCCUUGGCUAACCUGUCCCUCCUGUCGGUGACCUCCUGCCACGGGAGCGACGCAUCGUACAACUCGCUGCUACUACACCGCUCCAGAAUCCUGGCGAGGCAUCUUCCUGCAUUGCCAGAGCAGACCGCAAUGUUAUCGGACCAUGGCACACGCGUUGUGGUGCACAAUCUGUUCGGCUCCAUGCCUGUCAGGGUCAAGCACAGGGCUGUGAUAUCAGCCGAUCGUUCCGGCACCGACAAGGAAUGGAGGAGACUCGUUGCAGACGCGGUGGCCACUAUGCUCUCGUGGAACGCGGCAGCGAUGAUAUCGCUCUGCGAGGUCGGCUCGCAGAACAGUGUUCGCCUGAGGUCACCAGACGGCCCUGAUCUGACCCUGCGCACAUCGAGGCUCCUCACUCAGGCAUCGCUGGCUGAUGCGUACCCCCUAAGCUCUUGGAUACCUAUCUCGGCUUCAGCCGGGCACAUUACGGUAAGAGGUUGCAUAGCGACCACUCCCGUAAGCACCAGGCGAGCCCAGUUUAUAAGCAUCGGCAUCCAUCCCCUCCCGAACGAGUGCGGUACAGAUGCCAUCUUUCAGGAGGUCAACAAGGUCUUCAGAAACUCGAGCUUCGGUGCUAUCGACGAACGCGUACCGGACGUCCAGACUGUUGGCAAGGAUAUGAAGAGCCGCAAGGGUGUUGAGCGUUGGCCGAUGUUUUACUUUCGUGUACGGAUCCGCGACUGCUCUCCGGUGAACGAUGCGGACGACAUUCUGGAUGGCCAGGCAAACCAGCUGGAGAGGAUACUGGAUCUCCUAAAGGCUGUAUGCUACGGCUUCCUCGAGAAGCAGCAUCUGCGUCCUCAAAGAAUCCACAUGUCCAGGAAUGACGAACCGCCCUUGUCGACAUCCAAGUCUCUAGGUCGACCCAAGACCUUCAGAGAAGGCCGCAGCCACCUGAGCGGUGGUCUUCCUAGCCGAUCUUCUCCGCUUGGUGCCGGAGAGAGCUCACGAGUCCGCAGCGACAGUCCCUUUGACAGCUGGCAGCGCAUCAAGGUGGGCCACGCGGCGAAGACGAGCGGCGGGCAGAAGGGACGGCCGCACGAUACCGCGCCUAGCGAAGCCCCUAGGUACGGGCGACUGGCUCAACUACGUGGAGAGGAUGUCGGCGGUGCCGAGGAGACUAGUCCUUACUUUGGUGGCCGUCUAAGCCUUGCUUGCCGGGGAGGAGACAGCGAAGCGUCUAGGAAAAAUGAGGAGCAAAGCGCAUGGCUCAAGGAGGUGCUCCAGUCAGGGGAAACCCCGGCGUUCGAUAACGUCCCUCGGGCUGUACCCCGCGCGUACGAUGAUCCUGCCGUGCCAUGCAAUCACCCACACGCAGCGGGCCAGGCUACGUUCGAGUCAAGGUCGGUCAACAUGAACGGGCGUAUAUCCAAGGCAGCGCUGGCGGAUGCGGUAGUCGUCGGCCAGGUCGACCGCAAGUUUAUCCUUGUCAAGCUUCUGCUGGACGGCGGCGCCGAGGGAGUAAGCGGCAGGGAACCGUCUGCGCUCGUCAUGCUGGACCAGCAUGCCGUCGACGAGCGCUGCAAGCUGGAGGAGCUCAUGGGAGACUACUUUGUACAGAGCCGCACGGGCAGAUGCACGGCUCGGACCGAAGCUCUCGAGCGGCCUCUCACCUUUGAGAUUGGCUUGCGCGAAGCCGACAGCCUCGAGGGGAGUCGGCAGCACCUGAAUGCCUGGGGCGUAUCCUACCACCUGUCCAGCAGACGGACGGCGGCGGCGGCCUCCCGAGGCCGAUCCCGAAGCCGACAGAUUGCAGUCACCAGCUUACCCCCGAGCGUCCUGGAACGGUGCAGGGCGGAGCCGAGGCUCGUAAUAGACCUCUUGCGCGAGGAGAGCCGGAAGCUCGCCGAGGACGAGGGCGCACUCCCGGCCAGCCAGGCUGGCGAUCCGAGGGACGAGGGCGACGAGGGCGACGAGGACGAUGGUGGUGGCGAAGAAGACCGCGGCUGGCCCGGCCGUUUCCACGGUUGCCCCAGCGGCAUACUCGAGCUACUGCGUGCGCGCGCCUGCCGCAGCGCCGUCAUGUUCCAAGACGUGCUCACGCAUGGAGAGUGCGAGGAGCUGGUCCGGCGGGUGGCGAAGUGCGCGUUUCCCUUCCAGUGCGCUCACGGGCGACCGAGCAUGGCGCCGCUGGUAGAUCUGGGAGAGAUCGGGUCGAGUGAUGAGCCCGGCCUCGAAACGUAG